AUGCGCAUCGUUCGCACGCGCGCGGCGCUGCUGUCGGACUAUGAGGUGCUGCAGCUUCUCCGCGACGCGGAGGAAAAGCAGCGUGCCGCAGGCCGUAGUGAUGACGAUGCGGAAGCGUGGAUGAAGAAUGUCCCGCCCAACGUGCGGACGAUCCAGUUCGAGACCAUUGCCUCGCUCUCGCAGGCGCACCGCCCCUGUGCGCACCAGACGCCCGAGCAGAUUACGCGCUUUUUGGAUGCGCUCGAAGCAAAAGGGUACAGCCCGCCCGACCACAAGAUCCUGCAAGGCGCGCCGGGCCUGACCAAGGCCGAGCGCCUGCAGCUCGUGAACCACGCGCCGGCGACGGUCGUCGAGCUGCACACGCUUGUCGAGGAGCUGGGCCAGCGCAUGAGCGACGAGCAGAUCGACGAUAUCCUGCAGUGCGUCGUGGCGCAUUUGCCCGCGCCCCAAGCCGCCGAGGCGCUCGAGGUCGCCGCAGCGCCUGUCGCCGACGAGGCGCCGACGACCUAUGCUGCGGAUGAGCACGCGAUGGACGAAGAUGCAUUCCCAGAGGAUCAUUUUGAACACGAGGCGCCCGAAGCGCCUGCCGACGAAGACGACUAA